UAGAAGGGCAGGGAACAGUCUUCCCUCUCACAGGCGGUCCCCGAUGUUGUUGACUACAACUCCCAGCUUCCCCAGCUGCAGUGGCCUUCGGCUGGGGAUUAUGGGCAUUGUGGGGACCUGGGGUGGCUGGUUGCUGUUGAUCCGGAGAGACAGCUCUGUCUUGUAUCGGCACACUGUGGAGAUGCACCUGGGGUUGCCCACUGACUGCGGGGAGGGUGACCUGGGCAUUCUUUCCCCAUUUUUCUGGCCUGUUCCUAGAAAAGUGGGGACAAAAGCAUGUAGGGGAGGGAGAUGCUGGUUUUUUCAUUAUAUAAUAAUUUGGGGUUUUUUUAAAAUUGUGUGCUAUGCACAGCAACAAGCAUACCUUCUGAGCAGGGCGUGGCAGGCACAGCUGUGCAGGAUGAAGAGGAAGCAAUGAAUGGAGAGGAGGGAAACUGAGUCUAGUUUUUAAUUGAAUUAUUUAUCUAUUUAUUUAUUUAUUCGGUUUAUAUAUCACCCCUUCCAAAAAUGGCUCAGGGCAAUUUACAUCAAAAUAAAAACAAUUAAAAUCAAUUAAGAGUUUAAAACAAAAACUAUAAAAACAACAUAAAACCAACAAACAAUUAGAUCAUUUAAAACAGUUAAAAACCCUGGAAGGCCAAGCCAAACAGAUAGGGCUUAAGGGCUCUCCUGAAAGCCAACAAUGAUCUCGAAUUACGGAUUUCUGCUGGGAGUGCAUUCCACAGCCCAGGAGCAGCUAUGGAGAAGGCCCGCCUCUGCGUCGCCACCAGACGUGCUGGUGGUAACUGGAGAGGGACCUCCUCAGAUGGCCUUAAUGUGCACUGGGGAUCACGCAGAAGGCUGCGCUCUCUAAGAUAACUCGGACCUAAGCUGUCCGAUAACUUGGACCUAAGCCGUAUUAAUUUUGUAUUGCUCUAUCUGUGUUACUGUCUUUGUGAGCUGAGUUGUACUGACAGUCCAGCCCAGUGCUGGAGGAGCGGGAUAUAAAUAAAUUUUCAAUAAAUAAGCAACUGAGAGUUCAAAUUGCCAACGACCCUCUGCACUCUCGUCCUUCAGUGGCAGGCGGCCCUCUUCUGGCACAGUUCUUGGACCCAGCUUUAGGACGCGGCAGGCAAGCCAUUUUGUACACUGAGUCGAGGGUUAGACUAGAAGAACUCCAAGGUCCCUUCCAACUAAAGCUCGAUCAGCACGGCUGAUGAGGCGGCUCUGGUGGACACGGCAUACGAGACGGAAGCAUGGAAGAGAGCUGUGGAGUCAGCCAGAGGCUCUGGGUUUUAGCUGCUAGAGGCCAUCGGUGGUGGCACAGCAGGACCCGGCUGGUUGCUGAAAGGCUGUUCAGGGCUGGCUUGGAAGUGGAGCAGAUGAAAGAGAGAGAGAAGACAGUCUUCCUGCAGGACAACGGCAUCACGCAGAUCCACCAGCAAGACCUGGCGUCCCUUUCAGGCCUGCAGUACCUCUACAUGCAGAACAACACCAUCUCGGCCCUGGAGCCGGGCGCUUUCCGCAACCAGAACCGACUGCUGGAGCUGGCCCUCAAUGGCAACCGCGUCCACCUCAUCAACAGCAGCAUCUUCAAGGGCCUGGAGCACCUGCGCGUCCUCUACCUAGCUGGCAACCAGAUCACCCGGCUGCCCGACUUCACCUUUUGUGACCUGGAGAGGCUGCAGGAACUGCACUUGCAGGAGAACAGCAUAGAGACUCUUGAGGACCAGGCCCUGGCUGGGUUGUCCUCCUUGGCGCUGCUCGACCUCAGCAAGAACAACCUGCGCACCAUCAGCCGGGUGGCCCUGCGGCCUCUCGUCAGUCUGCAGGUGCUGCGGCUGACUGAAAACCCCUGGCGAUGCGACUGCUCUCUGCACUGGCUCAGUACUUGGAUCAAGGAGGAAGGACAGCGGCUCUUGAGUCCUCUCGACAAGAAGAUCGUGUGCUCGGAGCCACCACGCCUGGCCUACCAAAGCCUGAUCGACAUCUCCGGCAACAGCUUGGUCUGCAUCCCCCCGGUCGUGCAAGUGGAGCCAUCGGAGAUGAUGGCCCGACUAGGGGACGACCUGCGAGUCUCCUGCCAGGCCUCCGGCUACCCGCAGCCACUGGUGACUUGGCGUAAGCUGGCCCACUGGCGAGCGGGGGGUGCCAAGCCCAGCAAUGCAAGGCUGCCCGGCGGAACCUUUGAGCUGAGCGAGCGCAGUGUGGGGGAACGCUUUGAGCCGUCGGACACAGGCAGCGGGAUGCUCUUCCUCAACAAUGUGACGGUGUCCCACGCCGGCAAAUACGAAUGCGAGGCCUCCAACCCAGGCGGCACGGCCAGGGUGCUCUUCCACCUCAUGGUCAACCUCUCCCAGCAGCAGCAGCAGCAGCAACAACAGAGCUCCCGGGGCUAUCCGGCCUCUGGGGACAUCAGCCAAGAGCCCCUCUAUGACAUGGAGAGCAUGGACUUCAAUGCCCUCAGCAUGGCCACACAGACUGCCAUUGCCGUGGCCAUUUCCCUUUUGGCCUUGGUAGCCCUCCUUCUAGUGAUCAUGAUCUACCGGAAACAUCGCAAGCGGAAAAAGGCCAAGAAAGAGGAAAACAUCCUCUACGUCAACGACUACUCCGACGGGCCCACCACCUUUGCUCAGCUGGAGGAGUACCGCGAUGAAAGGGGCCAUGAGAUGUUUGUCAUUGAUCGCAACAAGCCCCUCUUUGCCACCUACAAGGACCCCCAAGGCCUGGCAGGGAUUUUCCCUGAGCAGCUCCAAGACCAAGCUACCCAAACCCUGGAAGGGGAAGAGGACUGCCCCCCAGAAGCCAGCGAGCUCUUUGUCAAUCAGGGACUGAUAUUCCAGCCUCAGAUUGCUUACGAAAUCCACUGCUGAAUGGUUGUGGGGGGGACCACAGGCUGGUGCCAUGGAGCCCUUGGGGUAGACAGACCCCCAGUGGAGUUGCUGUAGCCUCCCUGACCUUUCACCUCUGUUCUGGCCUUUCCAAUAGGUCUGCUUUUCCUGUUACUUAAGGUGAUUGGGGAGGAAUCCAUGAUGCUUUGGUGACCACUCAAACCCGAGGGGUGAGAGGAUUUCUUUCUGUGCCUCUCCCUGACUCCCAAAGAGGAAUCUCGCCCCAUGUGGCCACUGGUGGGGCAUGCGCCACCCUCAGGGCAUCUCCAUUGCCACUCCCUGGGGUAAACGGCUAUUCACUCUCUUUGGAGGCACUUCACAGAGAUGGGAGGGCAAUUCACAAGACUCCCACGGAAGGUCUUGGCAGAAGAUGCUGAGGCAUACUGAGCUGAUGGACCGCAGGCCCUGCCUCUUUAUUCAUCUCCGUCUUAUAAGUUGUUUGGGCUUGGACAGUAGCAGCUUCUACUUAGUCAACACCAAGGAAGCCACUCUCCAGGCAGGCAGAGACCGUCCCUCGUCUGCAGGGGAAGGAGAGGUUGAAAACUAGCUGCUGCUGUCUGGAGGCAGAAGGAGGCCUCCACUGUGCAACUUGGACCACCCCUUUCCUCCCUUCCCCCCUGACCUUCAAGGGACACUGUGGAGUCACCUGGGUUCUUUUCAAGGAUGUGAGAACCCUCUGACUGGAGGAAGACAAAUGGGAAUUUUUUGUGGUUUUUUUCCAAUUUUGUCUGGGUUGGUUUUUUGGUUUUUUUAAAAGGAUAACAAAGACACCGUCUGAAGGAAUGGAACAGCACCACUCUCUUGCUCGGAGGCCCCACAGGAAGAGCCACCCACCUGCACAGCCACACCCCCUGCUGGUGCUACACAAUAUGGUUUUCACAGGAGCCUGAAAGCCACAGAAAACGAGGAGGCCCCACCAUGAGGAAAAGGCAGCAUCGCAGAGUUGUUUGAGCAAAGGAGGAGCUAAUAAAAUGUAGUUGGUGCUGCAGGCUG